AUGGGCUGCUUUCCCUCGACGGAGGCUCCGGGCUCCGGGCCGCCGGUUGAUGAGGAGAAGGAGGAGAAGGAGGAGGAGGAAGGUGAGGCAGUCCAGGUGAGUCUGAGUGCAGAGAGCCGACAGGUGAUCAAACAAAGCUGGAAGGAGAUCCAGGACGACAUCAGCAGGGUUGGAGUCAUCAUGUUCAUCAGGCUGUUUGAGACCCAUCCAGAGUGUAAAGACGUCUUCUUCAUGUUCAGAGACGUUGACGAUCUGGAGACUCUGAGGACCAGCAGAGAGCUGAGAGCCCACGGACUCAGAAUCAUGUCCUUCAUUGAGAAGACAGUUGCCAGGAUUGACCAGGACGAACGUCUGGACCAGCUGAUCCUGGAUCUGGGCAGGAAGCACCACCGCUACAACGCCCUGCCAAAAUACUACAAAUUUGUAGGGGCGGAGUUUAUCCGAGCUGUGCAGCCGGUCCUGAAGGAGCGCUGGAGCUCAGAUUUGGAGGAGGCCUGGAAGAUCUUGUUCCUGUACAUCAGCCGCACCAUGAAGAGAGGCUUCCAGCAGGAGGACAGAGACCAGAGGGACACCUGAGAGAGACACCUGAGAGGGACACCUGAGACACCUACGCAGCAUCAAGGAGACGCUUCAUCGUCUGUCCAUCUGACCAUUGAUCAGUAUGUCCAUCGAUCAGUAUGUCCAUUGAUCAGUAUGUCCAUCGAUCAGUAUGUCAAUCUGUCCAUUGAUCAGUAUGUCCAUCAGUGUAUCGAUCAGUAUGUCCAUCGAUCAGUAUGUCCAUCUGUCCAUCGAUCAGUAUGUCCAUUGAUCAGUAUGUCCAUCGAUCAGUAUGUCAAUCUGUCCAUUGAUCAGUAUGUCCAUCGAUCAGUAUGUCCAUUGAUCAGUAUGUCCAUCAAUCAGUAUGUCCAUUAACAGGCAGUUUUUCCUUGCCGCUGUCUCCAAGUGUCUUGCUCAUGGUGGUACUGUUGGGUCUCUGUAAAUAAUGUUAUAAGGAGUUCGGUCUAGACCUGCUCUAUUUGAAAAGUGUCCUGAGAUAACUUCUGUUAUAAUGUAAUUGGUGUUAUACAAAUAAAAUUGAAUUUAAUUGAAUUGA